GUCAUGGAGUCAAUAGCUCUGAUAUGAAUGCGGGAAUGGAAAGAGAAAGACAUUUCUUUUCUUAGAAAAUUUACAGACAAAUGAUUUUCUUUCAAAAGUUUUAUCAUUGUCAUCAUUAUUAUGAAAUGAAUAAAAGCUAAAUGCACAGCGUCGCAAGAGUCAUUUGCGAGCAUUACUGUAGUGUACAGCAAAGCUUUGAAAAUACUUCGCACUUCUUCUCAUCUUAAAAUGAGCAAGUUGUAUAGAGAAUCAGCUGAGAAGUUCAUCAAGUUUGUGAAUAGCUCACCAUCACCUUAUCAUGGAGUGGAAGAAUGCAAGAAACUGCUGCGAGAACAGAAUUUCAUUGAACUGAGAGAAACGUCUCCUUGGAAAAUUGAACAAGGAGGCAAGUAUUAUGUGACAAAGAAUCACUCAAGUAUAAUGGCAUUUGCUGUUGGUGGAAAUUUUACACCGGGAAAUGGUUUUAGUAUAGUUGGUGCACAUACUGACAGCCCUUGUUUUAAGGUAAAACCAAUUUCAAACAUCAAUAAGCAUGGUUACCUGCAAGUAGGUGUGGAAUGUUAUGGUGGUGGUAUUUGGAAUACAUGGUUUGACCGAGAUUUAACGGUAGCUGGACGAGUUAUUCUCAAGGAAAACGGUAAAAUGAAACACAAGUUGGUGCACAUCAAAAGGCCAAUCCUUCGUAUCCCUCAUCUUGCCAUUCAUUUACAGAGAGAUAUUAAUGACAAGUUUUCGCCAAAUUUGGAAAAUCAUACAAUUCCAAUCCUUGCAACAGAGGUAGCGAAACAACUUCAACAUACUACUGGCGACUCUAGUUCUGAAAAAUCAAGUGAAAUCACUUGUAAAGCAAACGCUCAUCAACCGGCUUUGAUCAGUUUGUUAUGUGAAGAAAUGUUGUGUAAAGCUGAAGAUAUUGUCGAUUUUGAAUUGUUUCUGGCUGACACUCAACCUGCGGCAAUAGGUGGAGUUUUGUCAGAGUUUAUCUUUUCACCAAGAUUAGACAAUCUCGUCAAUGCUUAUGCAUCAAUUCAAGGGUUAAUUAUGUCUCUUGAAGAGUCGUUUGCCACAGAUCCCAAUGUGAGAAUAGCGGUUCUUUAUGAUAAUGAAGAGGUCGGUUCUCAAAGUGCUCAAGGUGCGUGUUCCAAGUGGACAGAAUUGGUUUUGCGACGCAUUUCGCCUAAUAGUCAAGAAGACGCCACAUGUUUUGAGAGAAGUUUAGCAAAGUCUUUUCUUGUCAGUGCCGAUCAAGCUCAUGCUUGCCAUCCCAAUUAUGCAGAAAAACACGAAAUAAACUUGAGACCUGCAUUGCACAAGGGACCUGUGCUCAAAUACAAUGCCAAACAAAGAUACGCAACUACAGCUGUAACGGCAAGUGUUAUAAGAAUAGUGGCAGAGAAAUACGGAAUCCCGCUGCAGGAAUUUGCUGUGAAGAACGAUAGUCCCUGUGGCUCUACUAUCGGGCCUAUACUGUCAGCAAAGCUUGGUAUCAGUACUGUAGAUAUCGGCGGACCCCAACUUAGCAUGCAUUCAAUCCGUGAGAUGUGUUGUACUAGCAGUAUACACCAGUGUACACAAUUAUACAAGAAUUUCUUUGUUGAAUUUCCUGCUAUUCAGAAGUCAAUGGAAGAAAUGUAGACCAAACACGUCAAUUGUGGUUAACAUUCGACCUUAUGAUUAAUUGCACCAUGUGAAACAAUUCAUUAGAUGUUUCAAUUCUACUUUAACUUUCACCAAAAUGAAGAAUUUUUAUACAUACGAAUAACAGAAUUACGUACAAAUAUUUUCAACAUAAUUGUAGUAAACACUUCAUUAACACUUUUUCUGCACGUAAGGUACGAGUUUGCUUUGGGUGUUUUAAAACAACCGAUAAAAAUGAAAUCAAUAAAUGAAGUGUGUGUUUA